CGAUUGCCUGCAACUCACAUCGCCCUUGUCCCUCCGUAUACAUCAUGUUCGGCGCAUUGAAGACCGCAUUCCGCACGCAGCAGCCCGUCUCGGCGCUCAAGAGCCUGGCUCAGACGACUCCUCGCGGCUUUCAUGCAAUGGCGAUCCGCCUUGCUGAACAAAAAUCGACCAUAAAUCCCGUCAAGCCUGAGCUUGGAGCCUCAUCUUUGUUUGGAGAUAUCGCUUCACAUGUUAACGAGACCCCCGUGGAGCAGGGCGGAAAGGCAACUGCUAAAGAGUAUCAAUUCUCGACUGCCGACUUCAAGACAAGCACAAAGAAGCUUCGCCUCUUGGCCAACCAAAUCAAGGGCCUCGAUAUCCAGAACGCGAUCAACCAGAUGGAAUUCUCACAGAAACGUCCCGCAAAACGCGUCUUGAACACAUUGGCCUUUGCCAGAACCAAUGCCACCACACAGGAUAAGUACAAGAUGGAUGCCAGCAAACUCUAUGUCGACCGUGCCUGGGUUGGUAAGGGUAUCUACCAUCGCCGGAUCAAGACCCAUGCCCGUGGCAAAUUUGGUGUGAUGCACCACCCAACGGCCCACCUGAAGUUUACACUCAAGGAGCGCCAGCCCGAGGAGAAGGAGGCUGGCCGUGCACCAAGGAGGAACAUCAGAGGCUGGAAGCAGACCAAGAAGGUCUGGACGCCAUUGAUUGAAGACAAGCCCAUCUAUAACCCUCCACGUCUUUACAACUGGUAACGCGCGCACCACCAUUCGCCGUUCGCUACCGGCUCCCCAUCCAACGCUCAUAGAAAUCAAACAUAUGUCCCAAUUGCUUUGUGUAUUAAAUAUCUGAACUAAAAGGACGACAAGAAGUAAGGAUAGGGAGUAUAGUAUAGCGUAUAGUUGAAGAUACUAAAAAGUGUCAUUAGGAUGCACAGCAAACGCGCAGGGACAACGCACUUGAUAAAAGAAGCGUAU